AUGGCGCCCGACCCUGUCCUGCUGCAGCGGGUCCAGAAGUCAGUGGAGGUUUUCGUCAGCGACGCGGCCGCCGACGAGAUCCGCGCGGGGAUGAUGCUAGCAGGGCAGACCGCCCGCGGGGAGGUGGCCAAGGUGCUACCGUGCCUCCGCGAAGUCCUUCGAGACAAGCCUCACGCUUCGCGUCGACUACUGAGUCGCCCGUGGAAGGCGGACCCAUUCCUGCGCCAAGUCCACUCGCUGUUCGUCACAGACGAGAAGUCUCCAACAAAGCUGAUUCAGUACUCGGAGCAAUUCAGCGCGUCGUUCCAGAAGAAUAUUUCCGCCAUCGAGCCGCACCUCAGGGCCGUGGCGAAGCCGAGCAAUGCCGUGAAAGAUUUGCGGUAUGCUGGCCACCGUGUCGAGAGCGGCCAGCUGCCCUUGGAAAGAAGCGUGUUGUACUUUCCAGCUGUCAUUGCCACCUUGGCUGCCACCAACUUCAUGAAUGAACUGGACUCGGAGAAGGCAUUACAUUUUGCAAUGCUUGCGGACGCGGGGGAGGAACACUAUCAGUUGAUGAGGCCCCUGGACUACGAGGGGUUCCCGGCCGACGACCUGUCCUUCAACUUGAGCGCCUUCGUCGACCGCGUGAAGACGCUCUUUGGGGCCGGCGGCCACCCGACCAUGGCAGAGUUCCCCAGCUUCGAGACGAUUCAGGCUUGGGGCGUCUUCAACGUCGUGCAGCACGACAGGGAUAUGGGCGCGCACGCCGAGGGCUCGGCGAACGUGCAGCGCCACAAGCAGAUGGAGCGCUUGAUCGAGGCCUUCGGGAUCGAGGCGACGGCAGACGAACUGGUGGGGCAGAUGGAGUCUGCGCGCCAUUUGGUGACACGCGUGGCCGCGGAGAAGUCGCUGUCAUCGCGGGAUGCUUGGAUGCGCGCUGCGGAGAUGGCCACGGCGAACAAACGCGGUGGCGUCCUCGAUACUUCGCUUUCUCCUCCAUCAAAGCUCAUGCAGGUGAUCGUUCGCUACUGGGCAGCGGGCGGGUCGACGAGCGGGGUUGAGCAGUCCUUCGGGAAGGGCUACAACCACCGCGUAGCAUCCCUGGGCAAUGACGCCUGCUGCGACCGCAUGGAGAUCGUCGAACUCGAGAAGAGCGACCUACCUCAAGCGCUGCAGAUGGCCACGGACAUCUGGAGCGACAUCUUCGGGCGGCCCCGAGCGUCCGGCAGUGGAAACAGGCAGCUGCGAAGCGACGCUGGCGGGCAACAUUUGCAGGCCCGACACGAGGGUUGCGAGGGCGGCUGGCGGCAAAACAGGAAGCGUCAGCUCGACGCUGCGGCGAGCCCGGGCAUGCUGAAGUCCGUCCACGCCGUGGAUCCAGGUGCGAUGCUGCAGCCUGAGACGUGGACAGAUGAGCAAUCCAAGGAGAUGGUUUUCGUCCACGCCAAGAAGUGUCAGCGACUUUCCGAGGAGGCCCGGGCAGGCAGACUCGGAGCUCUAGAGAACGCCUCGGUGGAUGAGCUUCAGAAGGUGGUUACGUUGAUGGAGAAAAAGGUCACCAACGACAAGCAAUACAUCGGGCGCGCCUUAAAACGGCGUCGCGCGGCGGCUGGACCGCCCGACAUCACGAUUGCAGAUGGCAACAUCUACGUCGCUCCUGACGUGCCGGUGACAGCGGCAGUCGCCGCAGCCAAGGCCCGCGAGGCCAACUUCACUCGGACCACCGCUUCGGAGGCAUCCGUGUUCGUGGUCAAGGAGGUUCAGCAGCCUGCGAAGUCAGUGCUCUGGAAUGCUGCGUUGAUCGGUGGCGCGGUCUGCACGUGGGAGCGCGCGGUGGCGGGCGCCGGUCCAGUUGCGGUUUGCAGAGCAGCGCUGUCCUCGCAUGGGAUUGUCUACAUGUCCGACGCCUUCUUAGCGGAGUGCCCCCGGCUCGCCGCUCUGAUAGUCGAUCGCGCGGGUAGCCACGCUGUGAGCAAGUGGAAGUUCACCAGCGACCUGGUGCAUAUCACGGCCAGGGCGGCCAAGACGCCCACAAUUGCCAUAGCCCUUUUAGGCUCGGCUGAAUCAGGCGCUGAGGUGCGCCCAGGCGUCAGGCAGGCAUUCGACGCUGCCGCGAUGCACGAUUUCAUUUCACGCCGUGAUGAGGAUCAAUCGGCGGUGGGUGCAUGUGGCCGCUGA